CUUCCUUCAACUUCGAUUUAUCCGUUCUUGCCUCUGCUUUCCUCACAUCCAAAGCAUUCAAGAUGGGCUUCUUCUGGGCUGACGCUCCGAAACCACCUUCGGCAGUGGUAGCGCCGUUGAGUUCAGCACCACCCCCAUCAUGUCCAAUGCACAAAUCCUCAGAUUCCAGCGCUGUACCAUACCCUCCUAGACAAGACUCACCCCAACCUAUACCCUUCUCUUGUCCCGUCAGUCAAAACUCGAAUUCGCCGCUCAAGCCCAACCAUCCUCAGCCCUCAUCCUCCGCCUCGGAGUCCUCAAAAGCGCAACAUGCUCCCUCUAUUUCCUCAACUCUGUCCAAACUGAAUCCUUUGAACUAUAUGCCCUCUCUAUCCAACACACGCCCCAGCGACUCCCCUCAAUCCAUCAAUCUUCCCCUCGACCGCGAAACCUCGUCCAUCCCACGCGCUGACAACAACGCAAACUGGGAAUACCCAUCCCCUCAGCAAAUGUACAACGCUAUGCUUCGGAAAGGCUACACCGACACGCCUGCCGAGGACGUCGAGUCCAUGGUCGCCGUCCACAAUUUCCUCAAUGAAGGCGCCUGGCGCGAGAUCGAAGAGUGGGAACGCAUCUUUUCUCCGGGCCUGGCGCACGCCUGGUCUAUCUGCUCCCGUGGCGAGCAAGGUAUCGCGCUUGAAAGGGCGAAGCAUGACUUCCUGGCUGCCCGACGCCAGGCUCUUAAUUUACCUGCAACCGGGGAGGAAGAACAGUGGCAGCCGAAGCUUGUGCGUUUCCAAGGGCGGCCGAAUGAACCGACCCCGAAGGCCAGGAUGCUGAACAUCAUGGGGAAGCUUAUGCCGGAGAAAUUUGGUGGUGAGCCACCGUUUGAUAGGCACGAUUGGUACGUGGCCCGCAAGAAUCCCAACGGGUCCGUCACCGAGGUGCGGUACGUGAUUGACUAUUAUGGCGGGGGGGUGCAAGCGACUGGGGAACCGGUUUUCUAUUUGGAUAUCAGACCCGCGCUGGACACACCGACAGCCGCGGUAGAGCGGGCGAUGCGUUGGGGAGGCGAUAUAUGGCAUCGCGCAAGUGGUGGUUCUGCCAGAGAAGCUGCCAGGAACAAUGAUCAAAGCAAGAGCUGAAUGCAACCGUGGCCCUCGACUUUUACGACAUAUAUAUUUGAAGGUAUGUGCUGAGGUUACCCAGUAUGUCAGCGGUGGCGAGCGCUCCUCCUCGGUUGUUAUGUGUUAUGUGUUAUAUAGUGUAGUUCAUGCUGUGGUGAUGCGAGAGAGGCAGCUACGACGAGUGAUGGAGGGUGAAUUGAACUGAUUCAGAUCGACCGCGUGACAGACGACGCGACGAAGCACUGGUUGUAGGUGGCGAGGAAGUCCAGGCAGAGUGAGAGGUGAACGAGCGAUCAUAACUCUGCCUGAGGGAAGCCGACGAACUCAAGGCUUUCAACUUUGUUUAUAUUACUUUUUGACUAUGGCAUGUGUAGACAAGUGGCCGAACUGUCCAGCCUGAUCCAUUCAGCCAAUCCUUCGAAGGACAUUCCAGAUUGCCGACUUCUGGUUUUAUGGGAUAUGAUGCUCUCCUCCUCAAUCCAAGACAAUGGUACGUAGACCUUAUGUAUGAUACUUUACAUUUAUAUACACGCAGUGUUUCGUCCCAACUGCUUCGGGAUUCAAAUUCACUGCUACG